AUGGAAGCAAAACGAAUGAGAUUCAAUGAAAGUGUUUUACCUAACAUGCAUCAAAUUGCUCAAAUUCCAUCCCCCAUCGAGUUCAAAAUCUGGCAGAAUCGACAAAUUGAGGAGUGUAUUGAUGACAAUUUUAUAAAUUCAUUUUUGGAAUCGACAAGAGAACAAAUAACUCAGAGACAAGUUAAUCAAGGCCAUAUGCAGCACAGACGAUUAGAAGAUCAAGCAAUAAAUCAAGCAAUUAACACAAUUGGCUUAAAAAAGCCAUCACUGCUGGAUGAAGAAGAAGAAGAUGAAAGCUCGACAGACAGUUUUGAGAAUAUUUUACCUUCAUCACACUUAAAUCUUAGUCAGAAUAGCUCACUCGAAGAAUUUGCUAUAGAUUCCGCUAUAAGGAGUUAUGGAUUGCACAAGAAAAGUAUUUAG